AUGGGGCAGACGGUGACGACUCCAUUAUCUUUGACAGUAGACCAUUGGAAAGACGUUAGGGAAAGAGGACAGAACGUAUCAGUGGUAGUGAAGAAGGGACUUUGGCAAACCUUUUGUGCCUCCGAGUGGCCCACCUAUUGAUUGGGAUGGCCACCGGAGGGAACCUUUGAUUUACCUACUAAUAGAGCCGUGAAGGCUGUUAUUUUUCAGGAAGGACCAGGAUCACACCCAGACCAGCAGCUGUACAUUACAGUGUGGGAAGAUUUAGCAUGGUCUCCUCCCCGAUGGAUCCCCCCAUAUCUCUUACCCUGCCGCCCAGGUCCUAAAGUUUUAACAGUACAGAGAGGCAUGGCGAAAGAAAAACCAAAGCCGCAGCUGCCAGCAAUGGAGAAGGCACAUGAUAUUCUGCCACCUCCUCCUCCUCCCCAGAAGAUAUAUCCAGCCAUAGAAGAACCUCAAGAGUGGACUAUUCCCCCCCCUUACCCUCCUCCAUUAGAUGUGGAACCGAAGCCUCAGUCAUCGGCCUCCCCAGCCCCCUCUGCACCCCUAGCCCCAGUCGAAGGAGGGGCCGGACAGUCGGCAGGAACCAGAAGCCAACCGAGAGUCCCCUCUCCAAUGUCAGCCAAUUCUACGGUAGCACUACCCCUUAGAGCAGUGGGGCCACCCCCAUAGAACCAGCAGGGUUUGCAACUUUUACAAUACUGGCCAUUUUCUUCCUCUGAUCUCUAUAAAUAGAAAACUAACCACCCUCCUUUUUCUGAGAACCCUGCUGCCCUUACAGGUUUGGUAGAAUCUCUAAUGUUUUCUCAUCAGCCCACCUGGGAUGAUUGCCAACAGCUUUUGCAGACUCUGUUUACUACAGAGGAGAGAGAGAGAAUACUCCAAGAAGCCCAGAAGAACAUCCGGGAUUCAGUAGGACGUCCAGUCCAAAUUCCCGCUGAGAUGGAGGAAGGAGUUCCUCUGAUCCACCCUCAAUGGGACUAUAAUACAGCACAAGGUAGGGAGAGGCUGUCCAAUUACCAGCGGGCUCUCGUGGCGGGUCUCAGAAGUGCCGCAAGACGGCCCACCAAUUUGGCUAAGGUAAGAGAGGUCAUGCAGGGGCUGACAGAACCCCCAUCAGUGUUUCUUGAAAGGCUUAUGGAGGCUUAUAGGAGGCACACUCCUUUUGAUCCCACAACAGAGGGACAACAGGGAUCUGUGAUGAUGAGCUUUAUUCACCAAUCAGCCCCUGAUAUCAGAAAGAAGUUACAGAGGAUUGAAGGUUUGCUUGAUUUCACCCUACGAGAUGUGGUUAAGGAGGCUGAAAAAGUGUAUCGUAAGAGAGAGACGGAGGAGGAGAAACAGGAAAGGGAAAAGAAAGAGAGGAGAGAAGAAGAGAAUAGGAGGGAUAAGAGACAAGAAGAAAGUUUGACUAGGAUCCUGGCCACAGUGGUUGAUAGGGACAGAAAUAGAACAGAUAGGAGUAGACAGAUAGGGGACCUGGGUGGUGAGAGAAGGCAGGAGCCAAGAAGACCCAGAAGAGAAAAAUGGCAGCCAACCCUUGAGCAAGGCCAAUGCUCAUACUGCAAGGACUGGGACCACUGGAAAAAGAAAAGGCAGAGGGCCAACAUACUUACAUUCGGGAAUGAUGAGGACUAGGAAAAACGGGGCUCGGCUCCCUUCCCCGAGCCUAGGGUAAACUUGAAGGUAGAGGGGGCUCCAAUAAGCUUCCUGGCCGAUACAGGAGCAGAAUAUUCAGUUCUAAAAACUCCUUUGGGAAAAGUAAAAGACAAAAAGACGCUUGUAAUUGGUGCUACCGGACAACAAUUGUAUCCAUGGUCUACUUCUAGGACUGUGGAUCUGGGAAAAAGCCAAGUGACUCAUUCAUUCCUGGUCAUCCCCGAGUGCCCCACACUCUUACUGGGAAGAGAUUUGCUAACGAAAUUAAAAGCACAAAUUACAUUUGCUCCCACUGGACCAGAGUUGUCCUGGGGAACUGAAGUACCCAAAGCCCUAGCUCUCUCUCUCCAAUUAGGGGAAGAGUAUCGGCUAUAUCAAGACAAACCUAAAAUACCCACAAAAGGAUCGCAGAGUUGGCUUGAACAAUUCCCUCAAACGUGGCCUGAAACAGGGGGAAUGGGAAUGGCUAAACGGGCCCCCCACAGUGUGGUUGAACUCAAGUCUGGAGCUACUCCCAUAGGAGUCUGGCAAUAUCCCAUGAGCAAAGAAGCCCGAGAGGGCAUACGCCCACACAUCAUCAGGUUGCUUCAACAAGGAAUCUUAGUUCCUUGCAAAUCUCCAUGGAAUACUCCCUUACUGCCUGUGAAAAAGCCAGGAACAAAUGACUAUCAACUGGUGCAGGACCUUAGAGAAGUCAAUAAGAGGGUCCAGGACAUACACCCUACAGUGCCAAACCCUUACAACCUACUUAGCACUCUGCCUCCUGAACAGGUGUGGUAUACGGUCCUAGAUCUCAAGAACGCCUUCUUUUGUCUAAGGCUACACCCUAAUAGUCAGCCCCUAUUUGCCUUUGAGUGGCAAGACCCAGAAAAUGGAAGAACAGGGCAGCUUACGUGGACAAGGCUGCCUCAAGGGUUCAAGAAUUCACCCACCCUAUUCAAUGAGGCCCUGCAUGGAGACCUUGCCUCCUUCAGGACUAAUAAUCCCCAGGUAACUCUCCUACAGUAUGUAGAUGAUCUUUUGCUAGCCACAGAAACCUAUGAGGAGUGCAAACUUGGAACACAAAAACUCCUGGUUGAGCUAGGUGAGUUGGGGUAUCGGGUGUCAGCCAAAAAGGCACAAUUAUGCCGGACCGAAGUGACCUACUUGGGAUAUGCCCUGAAAAAUGGACAGCAAUGGCUUACAGAAGCUCAGAAACAGACAGUGAUGCAAAUCCCAAUCCCAACCACCCCUCGCCAGGUAAGAGAAUUCCUGGGGACUUCUCUUUUCUGCAGACUCUGGAUUCCAGGGUUUGCUACUUUGGCAGCCCCAUUGUACUCCCUUACAAAAGAAAAAGUGGAGUUCAUUUUGACUGAAGAACACCAGUCAGCUUUUGAAGCCCUCAAGAAGGCACUACUACAGGCCCCUGCCCUGGCUAUACCUGACUUGAGCAAACCUUUCAUCCUUUACGUAGAUGAGAUGGCUAGAGGGGUCCUCGCCCAAACUCUGGGACCUUGGAGGCGACCGGUGGCCUAUUUGUCAAAAAAACUGGACCCAGUAGCCAGUGGUUGGCCCUCCUGCCUUCAAGCAAUAGCAGCUACAGCCCUGCUAGUAAAAGACGCUGACAAACUAACUAUGGGCCAGAAUGUGACUGUGAUAGCCCCCCAUGCACUCAAAAGCAUCAUCCGACAACCCGCAGAUCGUUGGAUGACCAAUGCUCGGAUGACGCAUUAUCAGAGCUUGUUGUUGACUGAAUGAGUGACUUUCGCGCCACCUGCCAUUCUCAACCCGGCCACCCUACUCCCUGAAGCUGACGAAAACCCCAUGCACAAAUGUGAAGAGAUACUAGCGGAAGAAACAGGGACCCCGUCUGAUCUAAUUGAUAGACCAUGGCCUGGGGCAAUGAACUGGUUCACAGACAGUGGAAAGGACCGUACCUGGUGUUGCUAA